CGUCUCUCGCCCACCUCCUCCUUCACUCCUCCCCCCCUCUCUCUUUCCCCGUCAUCCCUCAUCUCCCUGCCCUUCGCCUCCACAGUCCCGUCCCUCUCCCCGGCCAGCCACCUCGUCGUGACCUCCGGCCAGCCCGUACAAAUAUCCAUCAAUAACGUCGGAGUCUCUGAUACCCCCAUUUUCGACGACGGAUUUGUCUUCGUCUACGCAAUUGAUGGUUUCUUCAACCUGAAUUUCACCAUAGCGGAUGCAGAUCCGGCCAACCCGAACCCUAGAUCUCAUUCCCAGUGCCUGAAUCUAGAAUCAUUCUCUAGAUUUGGGGAUGCGCCUGGAGUUUUGAAAUCGAGAGGCUACUCAUCAUUGGACUUUUGGAAACUCACACGACGUUGUGAAACUGUGGACAGUUUUUGGAGCGAUGGACGAGGAAUUGGUCCAGUUUUCUGGGGAUUUUGUAGGCCUCUCUUCUUUGUUCAUGAGGCAUUUGGCUCCGUGCAAAGUGAUGUGGAAUGAUAUGGAUGAGAUGACCAACGGGACUGUGGUUUCCAACAAUGUGAGCAGCUUUAGCUUGGAGAUUACCAAGGAUGAAGUUGAUACAGUGAUGGUGAAUGGAGUCGAAAUCACUUCCCAGAGCUGUACGAAAGCGAGUGGCUGGUGGUUCACGGGAUCGAGCGGUGAUUGCUUUGCCGGAGAUUGGGGAUGAGGAGAUGGAAGUGACGGAGGAGUUUCCGGUGGAGAAAGACAAUAACUCGAUGGCUCUGGAUAAUGGGGACCUUUGAG